AUGCCCCUUUCCACCCUCGGCCGCUCCGACUGGGUGUCCAUCAUGUCACCGAUCCUCCAAGCGAGCUUGCAUAAAGCUGGGGUUUGCCGUUCCUUUCCCCGCGUCGUGGUCUUUGCCCCUCUGAAAUACCAGGGAUUGGGUGUCCUGCACCCCUUCGCCCUUCAAGUCUUCCACCAUCUCAGUGUUCUGAUGCGCCAUUCGGCCAACCGUACCAAGACCGGCCAGUACCUGGAGGCCAACCUACAGUCCCACCAACUCGGAACGGGUACCUCCUUUCCCCUUCUUCAACAAGAACCCACCAACACCGGGAUCCUUGCCUCCGAAACAUGGCUCAAACGGGUUUGGAUCGAGCUCGACUCAUUGGGCAUCAGAGUCGAGAUCUCCUCCCCUCCCUUGUCCCUACACUGUGCCGACGACCGUCUCUUGAUGGACAUCUUCAUCGAUGCCUUAGUCGACCAAGAGGACUUGCUAUGGCUCAACUGGUGCCGCCAGUUUCUCCAAGUCACCACUCUCUCGGAACUCAUCACCGCUGACGGUUGCUCCCUGACGGCAGCUUCUCUUGCCGGCCAACCCUCCGGACACUUUGUGCCCAGCUACAGCUGGCCCCGAACCCGACGCCCUGGCCCCUCUCAUUGGGACCUGUGGCGACGCGUCCUCUCUCAAGCCGUUCUCCGCCCCUACUGCCGCCGUCGCCGCUUGCUACGCCUCCUCGGACCGUGGUCUGACUCGCUGGACCGAUGGACCUGGCUCCUCUCUCGCACCUCGUCGAUCCUCUUCCAUCGGUCGGCCUCCAACCUGGCAAUCUACCGACCCAUCAACUCGCGUUCCCAUAAGACCUUUCGCAGGGAUCUCCAUCAUACCUGGACGGGACCCCUCCCCGGGGACGUCCAAAGGGCCUCAGUCAACCUUCACCCACGGACAGCAUACGUCACUAUCACGGGCACAGCCCCGGUGGACCCACCAGAUCCGGAGUCCUUGCCAGCCUCGAUCCUACACCUCUGGAGGGAAUUGGCAGCCGACAUGGACGACGAUUGGGGAUGGGUUCCGGAAUACAUCUACAUUGAAGGUGACGAACAAGUUCUGCUGGCGGCACUGGAGAAGGGCAAGCUACGGGUGAUCAGCGAUGCCUCCUUCAAGCAACAAGUGGGCACAGCCGCAGUCCAGCUACGGACUCGACGUGGAGGGCACGUCAUCUGGAUCAAAUGCCGUACACCUGGGAAACGCGAGGACCAGAGUGCCUACCGGAGCGAACUUAACGGUCUGUUAGCUGGUAUCUUGGUGGCUUCUUGGCUCUGCCUACAACUCAAGUCACUCGACAAGCCACGCGUUCGGGUGGCGUGUGAUGGGAUCGCCGCGCUUCGCCAGGUCUUCUCUACUUGGCCGCUGUCUCCAACCGCCCCACACUUUGUUCUCUUGUCCUCCAUCCGCGAGGCCCUCCGAGUUUCCAACAUCUCCUGGGCCGAACAACACGUGGUCGGGCAUGCUGAUCGCACCAAGACAUGGCAACAGAUGUCCUGGUGGGAACGACAGAACUCCGAAGUGGACGACAUUGCUCAAGGCUACGCCGAUGAGCUGAUAGCCACCGACGACACGAUUGCCAGAAACCCCAAGUUCUUCUCCGAACCCUGUGCACUCUACAUUGACAAUGAGAAGGUCUCCUGCCUGGCCUUGGCAUCGGUCGACGAGGCCGUUGUCCUGCCGGAAUUGAUGGACUACUGGGCAGCCAAAGGCCGCCUCGCUCCCGAGACCUUCCGAUUGGUGGACUGGCCGGUCGUGCACCGAGCGAUGAAGUCGCUGAAGCCCGCCAAACAGCGCUUCGUCACAAAACACACCGUUGGCAUGUGCGGUGUCAGCAAGUUCCGUAAACGUUGGGGUCUCGACUCCAAGAACCGGUGCCCCUUGUGCGGCCUGGAGGAAGACCACCUACACGUCCCUCGCUGCCCUUCGGAUCGGGCAAAGACCCAGUGGCAGCUCCUCCUCCAAGAACUCCAAGAAUGGUUCCAGUCCACCACCACUGCGACACCCAUCGCCCAAUUCCUCGGGGCCCUUCUUUGCACCAUCUGCACCCCUAGCAACCAGCCUCAAACACAGACUCGGUGGUACCGCCUCCACGGAAUAUCUUCUUCCGCCCUCACCCAAGUCUGUGAGGCUCAACUCCGCCUUGCCCCCCAAUGCCUCCUUGAAGGCCUUAUUGCCCACGGCUGGGCCGACCUCCAGCAACAAUUCUACCGCUCUUGCGGUAGUCGCCGAUCCGGUAACCUGUGGGCUGCCAAUCUAUCUCGACAGCUCACCCUUAUCGGUAAAGGCAUGUGGAAGCAUCCCAAUGAUGUCUUUCAUUCUGACGACAACAUCGUCCACCAACAGCGCGCGACUGCUCUUGAUCGACGCAUCCACGCAGAGUUUGAAAUGGGUCUUCGCGACCUGCCUCGGAACCUUCGCCCUGCCAUCCGUCGAUCCGGCCUUGUGGAAGUCCUCCGACUCCCCCUGGCGGAUAAGGAGGAAUGGGUCCUCGUCAUCUCCGAAGCCCGCCGCAAAAUCAGACAAUCUCUUGCAGGCAGCUACGAUUGA